UGUAUAGGAUUCACGGAUCUCUGCGAGAAUUUCACUAAGGCUGACCACGGCAGCCCCUCCCGGCUCACCCAAGUCCUGAACUCGUACAUCGGAGCCAUGGUGCAGGAGAUACUCUCACACGGCGGCGACAUACUGAACUUCUCUGGAGACGCUAUUCUCUCUAUGUGGAAGAGAUUACCUGGCUUGUCCCUGCAGAGCGUCGUGCACUUGGCUAUAGACUGUGGAUUAAAUAUUCAGAAGAAUCAUGGGACGUUGCAUUCUGUUGUUGGCGUUGUACUCAGAGUGAAGGUAGCGAUAUCUUGCGGGGUGUCACGUUUCGCGCUCAUCGGCGACGCCGCGCAUUCCCACUACGUGGUCCUGGGACAGCCGGUGUGGGAUAUCAAGGCCGCGGAGAAGCGCGCCGUCGCCGGUGACGUCAUCGCAUCGCCCAGUGCGUGGCGGCAUGCGAACGAGGCGGAGUAUAUUUCGGAGUCAAUUGGAGAUGGAACUCAUACGAGGGUAAAGUGUUUUUGGUGCUACAAACCGCUGGUCCAUGGAAGAGAUUCAGCCCCUCUUUUAUUAACGAUGGCUUUUUCAGUUCGGCCAGUUAUAGUAUCAGCGUUACGUAGCCUAUGGUGGCCUACGCUUCGCAAGUUCAUGGUGCAACCCGUGAUUUGGGCCGUAGAGAAUGACGAACCGAUGGAAUUCUUGACCGAGAUACGCCGAGUGGUCGUCAUCUUCUUGAACAUUGUGACCAAAACUGUGACUGAUGAAACGCUUGUCGAAAUUGUGGAUACUGCGUAUAAAUGCGUUUAUAGCACAUCGUCAGUAGCAGGCGGCCUCUUAAACAAAGUAUCCUUGUUCGACAAAGACCUGAUGUUUCUACUCGUUUUCGGCCUCCGAGGGAUGUCCCACGGUGACGAGGCCCAAAAGAGCCUGCUCUGCGCUCAAGCCUUGAAGGAGAGGCUGACCGACCCUAACAUUAUAUCAGUCUCAAUCGGGAUAUCGUCUGGAACAACAUACUGCGGUGUGGUUGGUCAUGUUCUCCGGCGGGAAUACACGGUUAUAGGAACAGCAGCAAAUAAGGCAGCACGAUUAAUGACAGCGUAUCCCAACAAAUUAGUUUGUGACAAGGAAACAUUUUUAAGAAGCAAAAUGGAUCAAGACUUUUUUAGGUUGAUGGAAUUCAUCCCAAUGAAAGGCAUCCAGAGGCCUGGACCAGUUUACGAAUUCAACAAAUAUGGAUGGCCUGAAAAGCCGAGCGGCAGACGCCAGCCUAUCCUAGACAGGGAGAAGGAGUUGCGAGCCUACAUACUGGCUUUACAGAAGGCAAUGGAACAUCAUGAGCCGUUUGUAAGAACAGGGGAUCUUAUAUACGGAGUAGUGUUCAUUGAUCUUCGACUGAAGCACGGCAUACCGAGUGCGCCGUCUACUAUCGAGCGCGUUGCCCUGUAUAAUGUUAAUGAACACUCCAGUUUGGACCUCGACGCAUUGACUCCAGUUGAGCUUUAUGCGAUAAAUAUAAUAUUCGGUUGUCGCCUGGAGUUGCCCGACAACUUUGAAUUUCCGGAUGAUAUUCUCGAAGAAAGUUGCACGAAAAAUCUAGUUCGUAAUAUUUUUGAAAAUAAUAUUCCUGCAAUGUGUAUAGUGGCGAUAGAAGAGGGAAUGAAUAUUGACGACGAGUCUUGGAAGUUAAUCUUGGUUCUAUUGGAUACCAAAACAAUAUUCGUCAUCAUGGCUCUUACUGAUCAAUCAAGCAUGUCUGAAGUGGCCCUCCAAUGUUUAUCGAGCAACAAGCUGCUUCAAAUGCCGAUUUCCGGACUGAGCCAUUGGUACCACUUGGUUAUUGCCUGCCAGUUCCUUGACGUGCAAGCUGUUCCGAUAGAUUUUGAGAAGUUGAUACAAAGCGCAUGUAACGGUGUGCCUGGCUGGAUCCAGGACUUCAUCAUAUCUCUCGUCCAGCAAGGAGACUUGACUGUAGAAACUACGACCAGGGCUAAGGCGUUGGAGCAAAGAGCAGUGAUGCCUACGCCAUCUUUACUGUAUACGACGGUAGCUUUGGGAACAACUACCGACAACCAAGUUUCGUUAGACUCGUAUUUUAAGGAAGUUUUGGAUAAAUUAGAUCAUGAAUCUCAUGAUACCGAUAAAUUUAAAAGUAGCGAAGUACUUGGUUUAAACCCAACGGAGGACAUUCAAAUAGCAGUUCUUGCGGACACAUUCGACGUUUUGAAUAUUCGGAUGUCCGUUAACGCGGAUGUAAUGAUCAUGACGACUUAUGACUCGCUCACUCCGUUCGAAAAGAUGCUGUUAAAAUGUUGUUCCGUUUUGGGUGUUGUUUUUCCUCGACUAAUGAUGGAAUAUCUGGUAGAGUGUGAUUCAAGAAGAAAAAUUGCAAAAGCUGUAGCGAAGUUAUUCUCAGUUGGUGUUCUGGAGUGUGAAGGGGGUGAUUUUACCGAAGAGACAUCCAAGGUGUUGGUGCAUCGGUCACCGGAGAUUCAAAAUGCUCAGCCACCAUAUUGCUCCUGUCGCGGCACUGAAGAAUUGCUCAACUGCGCUGACCUACCGAAGUAUGCAUUUUGUGGUUACAUGAGGUUUAAAUCUACUUUGUUCCAAACCACCACAUAUGAAUUACUCACGGAGACUCAAAAGUAUGAUCUGCACGCUCGAGCUCUGCUAUAUUUGAAGCAGUACACUCGACGGUGUUGGUACUGCGGAGAAGGCUGUUUCCUCAAGCUGCUUGGCAGGCGCACUAAUGAUGGUCUCGUCAAACGGUCGACAGACUUGAAAAAUACGCAAGAAAUGAUUCAAAGUCUGGCAGAGGAAGCGCAUCAUGUCACAGGAGAAUUAACUCGGUCCCGGAAGUCGAUGGAACACUUGUUCCAGUCAUCGGUAAUGCUACGGAUUUUCUCGGAAGAAUUACUCCGUUUCCCAGGCCAAGGAAGUGAAAUAGGAGUUGUACGGUCGUUCUCCUCGCUCGACGUGGCCAAUUGUGAAUGUCUUUCAAUAGCUUUGGCAGCUUAUGUUCAGAUUAUUGAUCAUUGUCGUGGAGCAGGCGAGCACGGAAAAUUAUUUGAAGCUUACUUAGAAUAUGCGGAUUUGUGUGUGGAUUCAAACACACCGCAAGCACUCUGCUUGCUGAAUGAAGCGGAAACCGUUAUUAUGAGUGACGAAUACUGGUCCAAGUGUCGAUUAUAUUGCAAGAUUAGCUGGUUCAAAGACUUCUGCUUGGGACGUAUUGUGUCGCUCCGAGGCGGUUGCAUGCUUGCGUCUGGAGAACUGAUCGAAGCUAGGAAACAGCUACAUCGCGCGUUGGAGCUGUUUCGUGACCCGUUCCCUACAACUAAAUAUCAGCAGAGGAUCCGUAAUUUGCACAUUACCGUGCGCCAAUGGAUGGCUUUGAAAGUUGCGCCGAAAGCCUUUAUCGGGACAGAGGACGGAUUGAUUGGCUUUUUUUACGAAGAAGUUGCAAUCACAUUAAACCGGCUCUAUACAUUAUUUAUAGGGAGCAAAGAAUAUUCAAAUGCUGAAUUAACGGCGAAGUGGUCGUUUGACUACGCCCUACGGAGCAACUCGAACUUCAAACUUCUCUGCGAAUGUUACGGAAACAUGAUUACAACUCAUUUCAAAAAUCAGGAAUUCUCUAAAUGUGUCAAGAUAGUAAACAUGGCCAUACAGCUUUGUAGGCGGAAGCGUGGCCGGUUGGACGAUGCAGAAGCCCGCGCGGUCUGCGUUCUCUAUACCACCGUGUUUUUGUUUUAUGUGGAAUACGGCAAGAAGAACGAAAGCCUAGAGUUCGGUUUGCCGGUGAUGCACAUGGUGUCCAUGCUCCGAGAGUCGAGCAUGCGCGUGCGUCUCGUGGUGUCUGUGUUGAGGCUGCUGCUCAGUGAUCUGCGCAUUAAUGAGGUGGUGCUACUGAUGAGGGAGAACUUGUAUAUGGAUGGCGAGUUUGACUUGAGCUCGACAACCUGGUACUACACGUACUCGUUAAUGAUACUAUUGGAGACUGGCUACUGCGUCGAGUCGUACCAGGAAUGCGAAAGGUUCUACAUGCAGCACGGAGACACCAUCCUGGCGUUCAAGAGUAAGGACGCCGCGUGGGACUACUUUGGUUGUAUGUGGCUUAUAACUGUCAGAGUAUGCGCGUGGGAGACGUCAGUUUUAUGGGAAAAGAAAGUAAAAGAAAUGAUGUCCACCGAUAAUAAACAAAUUGAAUACAAGAUUCAUCUGCAAUUAAUUUUGUUGGAGGGAUGGCUUAUAAUGUUAGUAAGAGAGAUUGAUGCAAUGAACGAGAGCCAGAUUACAAUUAUUAAAGAAACAAUUAAGAAUAUGUUCGAUAUGUUGAGCAAGUCUUGUCGGAGAACACCAAUAUAUCAACCAAGAUAUUUUCUUCUCCUGGCCUACUUUAAUUGCAUACGAGGCAACAAGUAUCGUGCCCGUAGCUAUUUGGAAAAGACGUUUGAACUUGCAAAGGAACUAGCUGAAGGAACAAUAUUAAUCUGGGCGGAGCAUACGCGGCAGCACUGGUCGGGUACACUGGACCCAGAGCUUGAAGACUAUUGGGUAGAGCAUAUCGAGCCGGACAACCUCUUGGACUACAGAAAUUUCAACAAGAACGUGGGAUUUGUACCAUUUACUCUACCUUUACCAAAAGCGUUAUUAAGAUAGUACUUCGAUUUAAGUAGUAACUUUUAUUUUAGUUCCAAC